AUGACUUCUUCCAUGUCCUUCCGUGCACUCUCUUCUUCCUCCUCUUCUACUGUUAUAUUUCCGCGGUUUUACGAUGUAUUCUUGAGCUUUAGAGGAGAAGACACUCACAAUACUUUUAGUGCCCAUCUCCACCAUGCUUUGCUUCAAAAUGGCAUCCACACCUACAUAGAUGAGGACGAACUUAGAAGAGAAAACUAUGCAUCAUCUAUUUGGUGCUUGGAUGAAUUGCUCAACAUUCUCAAUUGCAAGGAAACAAAGCAACAAAUAGUUUUACCUAUAUUUUAUCAUGUAAAUCCAUCGGAUGUACGAAAUCAAAGAGGCGGUUUUGGAGAAGCUUUGGCUGUAUGUGUAGGAAAAUUCAAUGAAGAUGUGAAGAAGGUGCAAAGGUGGAAGGCAGCCCUACAAGAAGUGGCCAAUUUGGCUGGAUACGAGUUGGAAAAUGGGUAA